AUGAUGAGGAUGAUGGUGGUGAUGAGUGAUCAUGAUGAGGGUGAUGGUGAUCAUGAUGAGGAUGAUGGUGAUCAUGAUGAUGAUGGCUAUGGUAGUGAUGAUGAUGAUGAUGGUGACGGUGAUGGUAAUGACGACAAUGCCAGAUUAUUCCCCAAAACGGUUGUUUCAGUUACAUGUUAUCAGCGAAGUCCCGGAGGGGAUUUGGGAGCCAAAAAGAAAAAGAAGAAACAGAAGAGAAAAAAGGAGAAACCAAAUUCUGGAGGCACCAAGUCAGAUUCUGCGUCUGAUUCCCAGGAGAUUAAAAUUCAUCAGCCUUCAAAAUUCAGCAGAUAUUCACGUUUUAAUUUCUCUGGGUGUCUGUCUAAUUACCUGAAUAGCACAACAGCAUCUGGCAGCAGAUUUCAGCGGGAGCGGCCAUGGAAUCCCACCGUCCCGAUGCAGAAGUUGCAGGAUAUCCAAAGAGCAAUGGAGCUGUUAUCGGCGUGCCAGGGCCCGGCCAGGAACAUUGACGAGGCUGUGAAACACAGAUACCAGUUUUGGGACACACAGCCGGUACCCAAACUAAAUGAAGUCAUAACAUCUCAUGGUGCAAUUGAACCGGAUAAAGAAAACGUACGUCAGGAACCGUAUUCUCUGCCACAGGGUUUUAUGUGGGAUACCUUAGACUUGAGUAAUGCUGAAGUGCUCAAGGAGUUAUACACGUUGUUAAAUGAGAAUUAUGUGGAAGAUGAUGACAAUAUGUUCCGGUUCGACUAUUCGCCCGAGUUCCUGUUAUGGGCUCUGCGUCCCCCAGGCUGGCUGCUCCAGUGGCACUGUGGGGUCAGGGUGUCUUCGAAUAAAAAGCUAGUAGGGUUCAUAAGUGCCAUCCCAGCGAACAUUCGGAUUUAUGACAGUGUGAAGAAGAUGGUAGAAAUCAACUUUCUUUGUGUUCAUAAGAAAUUGAGAUCAAAACGGGUAGCCCCUGUGUUAAUUCGGGAAAUAACUAGAAGAGUGAACCUGGAAGGAAUCUUUCAGGCUGUGUACACCGCGGGAGUAGUUCUUCCGAAGCCAGUGGCCACAUGCAGAUACUGGCAUCGAUCACUAAACCCCAGAAAAUUGGUGGAAGUAAAAUUUUCUCACUUGAGCAGAAACAUGACUUUACAGAGAACAAUGAAGCUCUACAGACUUCCAGAUGUGACAAAGACUUCAGGUUUGAGACCCAUGGAACCAAGAGAUAUCAGCGCGGUACGAGAAUUAACCAACAGUUACCUGAAGCAGUUUCAUCUAGCGCCGGUGCUGGAUGAAGACGAAGCAGCCCACUGGUUCCUCCCCAGGGAGCACAUUAUUGACACGUUCGUCGUGGAGAGCGCAAGUGGUAAACUGACGGACUUCCUGAGCUUCUACACUCUCCCGUCGACAGUCAUGCACCAUCCCGCUCACAAGAGCCUCAAAGCUGCGUACUCCUUCUACAACAUCCACACUGAGACGCCCCUGCUGGAGCUCAUGAAUGAUGCACUCAUUAUAGCCAAAUUGAAAGGAUUUGACGUAUUCAAUGCACUAGAUUUGAUGGAAAAUAAGACAUUCUUGGAAAAACUCAAGUUUGGUAUAGGAGAUGGCAAUUUGCAGUAUUACUUAUACAACUGGAGGUGUCCAGGAACAGAAUCUGAAAAGGUUGGACUUGUACUACAGUAGAUGAGUAUUUUUAUUUCUACAACUCUGGUAUCAUCAUUUACUAGUAUUCUAUUUAAUGAUUCCUGGAACUGCCAUUCCAAAGAAGAAUAAAAAAGCACAACUUAAGUGAAAUUGAAGCAGUUGGUAACAAUCAGAAACGAAAAAGCUUCCUGUGUGGCCAAUAGUACAUAUUUCUAGUUAGGAAUUUUAUCUUUUUUUUUUUCACUGUCUGCCCAUUUGUGAGAGGGAUGAAAGGGUACAGAGAACAUUCCUCUGAUUUUCAAACUUUUCAGCCAUCUCUUGAAGAGAAGGUAUUUUCCCACUCUAGUAAAGGGACAGUUUUCCUGUGUUCUAAAGUCAAGAAUCGUGUCAGAAAAUCUUUGCCAUUGUGUGAAGAUAAACUGCUGCAUUUCUAUCUGUUAAGUGGUGGUAUACUUGUCCAUGUAACAGAAUGAAGGAUCCACUUGGAGAAGUUUUCCUUACAUCAUCUUAGAUGGUAUCAUUGGGCACAUUUUUGGAGUCAACAACACUUCCAUAACUGAAUGACAAGGGAUGAAUGUUUAAGUGUGGAGCGAUUAUAAAAAUGUACUGGCAAUUAGUACAUUAGUUUCUCCAUCAGCAAAGUUGCCAAAUCAAUAGACAUGCGUAUUUGUACUUUGAUCUUCAACAGGUCAGCGGAUUGUUUCAAAGCAGUUUUAUUAUGUAGACAGGUGUGCGAUCUGAAAGUGCAUACCCCCGUGACUGACUAGACUUUGCUGCUGCUGCACAAACUUCAGUUUCCUCUCAGCAACAUCAAGGGUGUAUGAGGAAAAGGGAAUAAAAGCUCUAAAGUCAAAAGAGAUGCCCGGUGGGAUUUAUUAGUGCUAUCAGGACUUUGAUAGUUUGAAUGUUUUUCUUAUGCAAAAUUGCACAUAUUCUUUACACUGACUUUAAUUUAUCAUGAAAACUGUCAUGCUAUUGGAAAAUGUCUUAUUUGUAAAUAAGUGUUCAUAAUUUUAUUACUGAUGGCGUUUUUAUCUAGAUUUUGAAAAACAAGGUUUCAUGGUGUACAUAGUUUAUGAUGUGUAUAUACUGCCAAUAAUAACCUGAGGGAAAAAUAAGACGCCAAAUGAGGCCACAGAGACAGGCCUUGACUCAAAUACCACAAAGUAGAUAGUUCUUCCUGCCUUUACUGUACCAGUGCCUAGGCUGUUCAGUCCAGAAAGUUAAUUAUGUAGACAACAUGAUGGCAUUCCUUCACGUUAUAAGUAGGCUAACGAAGCCAAUCACAUCUAAUGCCACAGAGAGGCCACCAAACUAUGACCCAUGACUAAAUCCAACCCGUCACCUGUUUUAUACAGUCCACAAGCUAAGAAUAAUCUUUAUUUUUUUGAAUGGGUGGGGGGAGUCAAUAACAUUUUUGUGAUGUGUGAAAAGAUGUACAAAAUUCAGAUUUCAGUAUCCAUAAAUAAAGUCUUAUUGGAACACA